AUGGGAACGAAAAUAUCAAGACAACAUCAUCGAACAGCUCUUACACGUGAUAAUAUUCCCCGUAUUGCUAAUCAAGAGAUUCAAAAUUUUAAUGAGAUUUUUUCUUCAACAGCUGUUGAAGUACCUUUAGAGGAAGAAAAAUCACAUAAUCAUUUAGCAACAAAAAAAUAUCGUUAUGAUCCAAAUAUUCAAAAAGAAGCACUUAAUAUAAGAAAAAGUCAAUCAACUGGAGAUUUAUCUAGUGCAACGCUUGUUUUUACAGAUCAACAAUUAUUAAAUAAUCACAAAAAACAAACACAUAGAAAUAAAGCAUCAUCAUCGCAAAAUUCAAGCAGGGUUCACUCAGAUUCGACAACAAAUUUCGAUCAUAUAUCUUCUUCAAAAUUGAAAAGAAAGAAAAUUCCAUAUAAUUCUCAACUUGAUUUUAUUGAUUCAAAAGAUUUAAAAUAUGUUCGUGAAAUUGGUAAGGGUACUUUUGGUACUGUGCAUCGUGCUUUAUACAAAGGCACUUAUGAUGUUGCAUUAAAAACAUUAAAUAUUCAAGAUGAAAAUCCUAAUAGAAGUUCUAUAUAUGAUGAUGAUGAUGAAUAUAUGUACCAAUUAAAUUAUUUUGGAAGACAAAUAUAUGAAGCAAUGUUAUAUUUAGAAGAACGACAUAUUAUCCAUCAAAAUUUAGCAACAAGAAAUUGUUUGAUUGACGAAGAUGAUACACUUAAAGUUGCUGAUGUUGGUGUACCUUAUUUAACUGGAAUUGAUUCUUUCGUUCAGAUGUUUGGAGGUAUAACUCUUUGGGAAAUUUAUUCGUUAGGUGAACGACCAUUUGGUAAUAUGACUAAUGAUGCUUUACCAAUUGUUUUAGAAAAUCCAUCGGAAAUUCUUAGUCGAUAUCUUCCAAAACCACGUCAUUGUGGUUCAGAUGAAACAUAUACACAUAUUAUUCUUCCUUGUUUAACAAAUAGCGUUACAAUGCGACCAUGUUUUCGUGAUUUAAAACAACGUAUUUUAGAUAUUCUUGUGAACGAAAUAUAA